CCCUUCGCAGGCUCAGUCCCGGAGUCCGGCCGCCGCGCGCUCAGUCUCGCUCGCACCUUCACCCUCCCGUGUGGCAGCCGCGGGCGGCCGUUGGGUGGCGGGUCCGAGCAGCUGGCGAUCCUGGAGACCAGCGGCCUCGGGCGCCUGAUCAUUGUCGGGAGCGGAUAAUGCGGUGACAAGGCGCCGCGCCAGCCCACUCGCCGGAUCUGCGCGUAGCCGGCAGGGACUGCGUGCGCCUUCGGAGGCGUCGGUGCAAGGCGUCUGGUCCCGGUCGGCGGCUGCGAUCCUCGGGGGCUGCUGGCUUCCAUGUUGCGGAAGGGCUUGGAGGUCGGGACCGGCGCUCCAGAGAGCCCCACUUGGCUGUAGCUCCAGCAAGGUCUCUUCCACCUCCGUCCCCUCUCGCGGCCCCUGCCGAAGCCACUGGAGGAAAAUGGUGUGACAGUUUCCCAUCACGCAGGAUUGUCGGGCACACAGAACCCCCGUGAAGAAAGUGGCCCUUUUCCCCGUUCGCAGGAGAGACCUUCUCAAAUUCCAAAAUGCCAGCCAAGACCCCCAUUUACCUGAAGGCGGCCAACAACAAGAAAGGAAAGAAAUUUAAACUGAGGGACAUUCUGUCUCCUGAUAUGAUCAGCCCUCCCCUCGGAGACUUUCGCCACACCAUUCACAUCGGCAAGGAGGGCCAGCACGACGUCUUCGGAGAUAUUUCCUUUCUCCAAGGGAACUACGAGCUUUUGCCUGGAAACCAGGAGAAAGCGCCCCUGGGCCCGUUCCCGGGGCACAGCGAGUUCUUCCGGGCCAACAGCACCUCCGACUCCAUGUUCACAGAAACGCCCUCCCCUGUGCUCAAGAACGCCAUCUCCCUCCCGACCAUCGGAGGGUCCCAAGCGCUCAUGUUGCCCCUGCUGUCCCCGGUGACAUUUAAUUCCAAACAGGAGUCCUUCGGGCCGGCCAAGCUGCCCAGGCUCCACUGCGAGCCCGUGGCGGAGGAAAAGGCCCCGGAGAAAAGCCGUCUGUUGGAGAACGGGACGGCCCACCAGGGGGAUGUCUCCUGGGGCUCCAGCGGGUCCGCGUCCGUCUCGCAGUCCAGCCAGGGCAGGGACAGCCACUCCUCCAGCCUCUCCGAACAGUACCCCGACUGGCCGGCCGAGGACAUGUUUGACCAUCCCGCCCCGAGCCAGCUGGUCAAGGAAAAGACUAAGUCAGAGGAGUCCCUCUCGGAUCUCACGGGCUCCCUCCUCUCCCUGCAGCUCGAUCUCGGGCCCUCGUUUUUGGAUGAGGUGCUAAAUGUCAUGGACAAAAAUAAGUAGCAGGACACCACCUCCAGCGAUGCCUUUGGGAUGAAAGGUAUCAAAAAACAACCACCAACCACAGUCGAGAAGAGCUUCACUGGCUAUAUUUGCAAGUGACGUGAUGGGUUUUCUAAGAUAAUGUUCCUACAGAGUAUUUUUUUACUUGUUAGGCCUUGUUUGCAAAAACAGUUUAAAAAAAAAGAAAGAAAA